CGUACAUCCCUUGUAUCAAGCAUCCGGGGACUAUCCUAUCGACAAAGUUACCCAGCUUGGCUAAACCAUACAUUUGAAUCGUUACAAUGCGUCGUAUGAUGGCAGAUUCGAGAAUUAGAUAACCUGAGUAGACUAUCCCUUCUGUUAUCGGACCAGAGUGGAUAAUAUACCCCCUUCUACCUCCGCAUCUGCGCCGCUGGGCUGCCUUUCCCAGCCUCGCCACCGUAAAGAAGUCCAAAACCCGUUUUGAAUAUGCAAGGCUCGGAACCCGUGGGCAAGGUCUCAAGCUAAAGACUUAGGCGUACAAAUUCCGACUCAGCACGCCGAAGGAUGGAGACUGUUAGACGAGCGCAGGGGUGCUGGACCUGCAAACGACGUAAGAUCGGAUGUGACCGCGGCUAUCCAGCCUGUAACAACUGCCUUCGCACCGGGAGAGAAUGUUUAGGCUACGGCAUCCGUCUCGCGUGGCCAGAUCAGCCCGACGGUAGACGCAGACUAACUCGCCUUCCGGACCACACGAUCCACCCUCACGAAAUUGAUCCGAAGUAUUAUGGAAAACAGUUUCUGAAUGUGACUUACUCAGACUUAGCUCUUUCUAGGAAAGGUAUAUCGCCUAUUUGCCUGUCGAUCAUUCGUGCUCAGCCGCGGCCAGGACGAUGCCUCCCUUUAUUCACAAAUCUUCAUGAGAGGGAGUCUCAUCUUAUUAACUACUAUCAGUGUAAGUUGUCUCAGAUGAUAUCCACAAUUGACAUCAACAAUGGAUUCCGCGACGAUUUGCUACCUAUGGCACUCUCAAACAUUGGCAAUGCCUCCAACGGUCUUCGAAAUGCCAUGCUCGCUGUAUCCGCUUUUCACCUCUGGGGUUCGGAAGAAGCUCUCUCCUACAAAGCCGAUGCCCUUCGAUCCUUAUCUUCCUCCCUAUCGAGCGAGUCUAUUGGUAUAACCGAGACGCAGCUGGCUACGUCAAUGAUGCUCUGUGUUUACAAUGUCUUCGACGAGACCGAAGGCAACUGGAACCUACACCUCCGCGGAGCCCAAACUAUUCUUCAGAAGCUCGCCAGUAUCCACGGUGGGCAGUUAAAGUACGGCUUCUUAUACACGUGGUUCCUUUACCAUGAAAUUUUGGGUGGUUUCAGCCAACCACUCCAGUACGGGAGAUGUCCGGCAUCUCUGCAGCUUCUAUAUGACACGGACUUUGAUAAAUCUUUGAUCAUAGGAUCGCUCGGAUGUUCCGUAGAGGUCAUGGAAAUAAUUAGCUACGUGAAUGGGCUGCGUGCUAUCGAGCUUCGGGGCGCGUCCCUGGAUUUCAGCCCGGAAGAACGUGCUCGGAGGGCCGACGAAUGGCGUGAAAUCGAGAGCCGAAUAACGAGCCUUGAACAGCAUCUAGAUCCCUUAGAUGCUAGACAUAUACCACCGGUAGAGAGGAGUCGAAUCCUAACGACCGCCGAGCUUUAUCGUAUCGCGGCCUUGCUCUACUUACAAAGAACAGCCGAAUGUACACAUAACCAAGAGCUUAGGUCAAUGUACCUAGAGUACGCGUUUGCUGCAUUAAAGCGCCUCGAUGUCUGCACGAGCCCAUGGCCGCUUUUUGUCAUCGCUUGCGAGACUGAAGAUGAUCAACAGAGAAUAAGGAUUCUCCAGACACUUGAUAAAAUGGACAACGAACGGCACAUUGGAAAUGUGUUCGUUCUACGUGAUAUAAUCGAGUCAUACUGGAAACAGCAGGAUCUCCAGGCCGAUAGCGGCCGCGUCUCUAACACCAAAUGGUGGAACGUUGUCAACUUAGAUAUCGCUGCACCUUGGUGUAUUUGAAAACGACUUCAUCGGCCACGCUCCUCCCCAUCGCCGCCACGUCAUCAUCAUUAUCAUCGCCACUACCAUUAUACCCCCUAUAAUUAAUUUCUCACAACCCA